AUGGCGGGCGACGGCCACGCCAAGGAGGACAUGGGCCCCGACUCGCGGCCGGCGCCGGCGCCCGAGUCCCCCGGCGCCUCCAAGCCUCACCGGCCCCCUGGCUACGCCUCCAAACCUCACCGGCCGCCCGGCUACGCCUACGAGCACUUCGACCGCGCCGCCCAGCUCCGGCGCAUGCUGCUCUUCAGCCUGGCCCGCUGGCUCAUGACCGUCGCCCUCGCCUGCUCCAUCUACGCCCUCCUCUGGAGCUUCUCCUCCAAGACGGCCCUCACAAACGACAAGAAGCGCGAGUUCAACGGCCUCAUCAUCGGCCUGUCCAUCGGCCUGGGCCUCAACACGGCCAGCUCGAUAAAGGCCAUCACGGCCGAGGUGCGCUGGUGGCUCCUCAGCCUCGGCCCAUGGUCCCCGCGCGAGAGUGAUCUGAUUCUGCAAUCCGAAAACCUGAGCCGCUUGAUACUGCUGGGCUGUACCUCUCGCCGUCUCAUUGUGCGACUUUUUGUCGCCUUCUUUCUCCUGGUGAAUAUCGCCUCGCAAGUCGCCCUCGCCGCGCUUGGCCUGACCUACAAUCUUAAUCCCGCCGACAAAGUCACAGUCACAAAGCCUGGCUUGGUCUCUGUCCCGGACCUUUCUUCCAUCCAGACGGCCAAGGUGCUCUCGUCGUCCAACCCUUCCCAGGCCAUCAGCGCCCUGCGCUACACGGCCAACAGCUAUGGCCUCGUCGCUCUCACGUAUGGCUUUGGCGUCUUGAGCGAGGUCCCCCAGCCCGGCGCCAUAUUCAACCCCGACAACAACCUCACCUACUGCGGCGGGCACAACUCGUGUCGCUACGUCUUCUUCGAGGCCACGACCGUCAACUCGUCCUACUACAGCAUGGUGGCCACGAGCCGCUACGUCUCCACGUCGGCCUCUUGUCAGAGCUGGCGCAUCGUCCGCGGCGGCAACGGAAUGCAGCGCAGCAUUGUCGUCGGAGACGCCAACAACACCGAGUUUGGGCCGCUUCCGGCGCUCAACGGCCCCGACCAGACGCUCUUCAUGUACGACCCGGAGCAGCCGUCGGGCGACACGUGGAGCGUCGUGUCGGCCAUGGAGGCCUCGUCCAAGGAGCCGUGGUUCUAUCGCUGCAACGUCAGCGUCGGCCCCGUGCAAAACGCCGUCGUCAAGGAGCACCUGCUCGGAGCCAACCUCUCGCGCAUGGCGGUGUCGGCCAUUGCCCUGCAAGGCUACGGGGCGUCGACGACGACGGGCAGCAGCAACAGCACCGCGCGGCUGCAGUUCCAGAGCUACCCGGCCGAGGCGUGGUUCGGAUCGCCGCAGCGGGGUGACGUGGGUGGCAUGGGCCUCAUGAUGGCCCAGUUCUCGGCGGGAGUCAUCGCCGUCACGGCGCAGUCCAACUCCAACAUUGUGGUGCCGGGCCUGGUGCCGCUCAAGGGCGUCACCGUCGAGAUCCCGCACUGGUCCUACGUGCACCUGGUCCUGGGCCUGACGGUCGGGCUGCAGCUGCUGUUUGCCGUGGUGGCGCUGGCGACGACGAGCAGGGUCCAGGUGCGCGGACACAGCCAUCUGGCCAUGGCGAGCCUGCUGCGGCCGGUCCUGCACGGCGUGAGCUCGCGAGCCAGUGCGGCCAAUGGCAGGCAGAUCGCGUCGAUGCUCGGGGCCAGCGCCCAACUGUCGUAUGUGCCGAGCGGCCGGGCGGGCGGAUACCACGUCGAGACGGACCACUGA